GUACAAGUUUCAGGAAUAAUUUUGGUCUUGAAAUUAGGAGGCCACGCCCCUAACUAUGUGGCACGCGCUGACGCCGAUCCACGUCGCAAUUGUCUCGGGCGAGUGCGCUGCGUUUGGUUUGUAUGCGUGUCUCCAGCUAGGCCAGAGAGCGAUGGCGGCGCCCGUCCUGAGAGUAUCCACCCCUCGGUGGGAGAGAAUAGCACGGCUCCUGGUCUGCCUGUUGGGCAUCCUGCUGUCUCUAUACGCUUUUCACGUGGAGCGGGAGAAGGCCCGGGAUCCGAACUACAAGGCGGUGUGCGAUGUGAGCAGCUCCAUCAGCUGUUCGAAAGUCUUCACUUCAAGGUGGGGUCGAGGAUUUGGACUCCUGGGCUCAAUUUUUGGAAACGACAGUGCACUGAACCAACCAAACAGUGUCUACGGAAUCGUCUUUUAUGCAUUUCAACUUCUACUAGGAAUGACUGUCAGUGCAAUGGCCGCCCUUUUUCUCAUGACGACAUCCAUCUUGUCGGUGGUUGGUUCGCUCUACCUGGGCUACAUCCUCUACUUUGUCCUAAAGGACUUCUGCGUCAUCUGCAUCACCACAUAUGUGCUGAACUUCAUUCUCUUUACUCUCAACUAUAAGCGACUGGUUUACUUGAACGAGGCCUGGAAGCAGCAGCUCCAAGCCAAGCAGGACUGAGCUGCAGAGACCGGGCAGGAAAAAAACAAUACAACAACAACAACAAAAAAGAAAUGUGACCUCUGAACAUCUGACUUGCCACCAGAAGACCUUGCUUCCAAACAUGUUUAUUCUGCUGUGUGUAAAAAAAAAAAAA